AUGGAGAUAUCAGCGCUUCUAACAUCUGCUGGAAUUAAUAUUUCCAUAUGCAUAGUGCUACUGUCACUUUAUUCCAUACUUAGGAAACAGCCAGCCAAUUACUGUGUCUAUUUUGGUCGAAGGCUUAUUUGUGGUGGGGCUAGGCGCUAUGAUCCUUUUUGGUAUGAGAGAUUUGUGCCUUCUCCAAGUUGGCUGGUGAAAGCAUGGGAAACUAGUGAAGAUGAGUUAUUAGCUGCUGCUGGUCUUGAUGCUGUGGUUUUCCUCAGGAUGGUCAUUUUCAGCAUUCGUAUUUUCUUUAUAACUGCUGUUGUUUGCAUUGCCUUUGUGCUGCCUGUUAAUUAUUAUGGGCAACCAAUGGUGCAUAAGGAAAUUCAUUUGGAGUCAUCAGAAGUGUUCACAAUCGAAAAUCUCAAAGAAGGCUCAAAAUGGCUGUGGGUUCAUUGUCUUGCUUUGUACAUUAUAACCUCGGCAGCAUGUCUUCUUCUCUACUUUGAGUAUAGGACCAUAGCCAAAAUGAGGCUUGGACAUAUUACUGGAUCUGCCCCAAAGCCAAGCCAAUUUACUGUUCUCAUCCGUGCUAUUCCAUGGUCUCCUGAGCAAUCUUACAGCGACACUCUGAGCAAAUUCUUCACAAAUUACUAUUCAUCAAGCUAUUUGUCCCACCAAAUGGUUUACCAUAAUGGCAUCAUUCAGAGACUGCUGCGUGAUGCGGAAAGGGUGUGCCAGACUCUAAAACAUGUUUCUCCUGAUAUCAGUUGUAAACCGAGGAGUUUGACUCAAUGUACCUUUUGCGGAGGACCUACAGCCACAAAUUCUUUUCAUAUCCUCUCUAAUGAGGCGGACAGUGUCAAAGGAAUGGAGGUUGGUGAACUGACUUUGACAACGACAGAGCAAGAACGCCCAGCUGCUUUUGUGUUUUUCAAGACACGCUACGAUGCUCUUGUUGUUUCAGAGGUUCUACAAACAUCAAAUCCUAUGUUAUGGGUGACUGACUUAGCUCCAGAACCUCACGAUGUGUAUUGGAGGAAUCUCAACAUACCUUAUCGACAACUUUGGAUACGGAAAAUAGCGACCCUUGUUGGUGCAGUUGCCUUUAUGUUUGUGUUUCUCAUUCCCGUGACCUUCAUCCAAGGGCUGACUCAACUAGAGCAGCUGUCUCACGCAUUUCCUUUUCUAAGAGGCAUCUUGAAGAAGAAGUUUAUAAACCAGGUCAUCACAGGGUACUUGCCCAGUGUGAUCUUGAUACUAUUUUUCUAUGCCGUUCCACCAUUAAUGAUGUAUUUUUCAACCUUGGAGGGAUGUAUUUCACGGAGUAUAAGGAAGAAGAGUGCGUGCAUCAAAGUCUUAUAUUUUACCAUUUGGAACGUGUUCUUCGUGAAUAUAUUAUCAGGGUCUGUUAUCAGGCAAUUGAAUGUCUUUUCUAGUGUCAGAGACAUACCUGCACAACUUGCAAGAGCAGUGCCGACACAGGCUGGCUUUUUCAUGACCUAUUGCUUCACAUCUGGUUGGGCCAGUUUGGCUUGUGAAAUAAUGCAACCAAUGGCUCUUAUCUGGAAUCUGGGAGUAAAAGUUAUAACCAAGAACAAGGAUGACUCAUAUGAAACACUUAGGUUCCCAUACCAUACUGAAAUUCCACGGCUACUUUUGUUUGGGCUCUUGGGUUUCACCAAUUCAGUCAUUGCGCCACUAAUUCUACCGUUUUUGCUGAUAUACUUCUUCCUUGCAUAUCUGAUAUACAAAAAUCAGAUACUCAACGUGUAUAUUACAAAGUACGAAAGCGGUGGACAAUACUGGCCUAUCUUUCACAACACAACAAUCUUUUCAUUGAUCCUGACGCAGAUUAUAGCUUUGGGUUUUUUCGGAUUAAAGCUAUCAACGGUUGCUUCGGGUUUCACCAUACCAUUAAUUCUUGUUACUCUGCUUUUUAGUGAGUAUUGUCGGCAGAGGUUUGCACCCAUCUUCCACAAACAUCCUGCUCAGGUUCUCAUAGAUAUGGACAGAGCUGAUGAACUGUUGGGAAAGAUGGAAGAGUUACAUAAGAGACUGCAUAAUAUAUAUUCGCAGAUACCAUUACACACUCAGAAAUCAUCGAAUAACGCUGAAAGCAGUAGUCCUUUCCCAAAUCAGGAAUUGCCAGAUCCUGAGAAAUUGAAGCCAGAGGAAGGCGAUGCCGUAGCUAAAGAGUUAUGGGGAUUUCAGGGCAAUGAUUCUGGUCAAGAACUUGACGGUAAGCCGUCCCAGUGCUUCACCAGAGCAUCUUUCCCCAAAGAUGAUCGAACUCCACAAACGGAUCUAGACGUUUUCACUUAG